AUGGCAUUCGAGGACGUCCUCCCCACUCUCAUCCUCCUCGGCAUACUCUACGCAGUCUACCGCUGGAUCUCGGGCCCGAGUACACCGCCGGACCCUUUCUCCGACGUGCGCCGCGAUAUGGUCGAGGCUGUCACUUCCGCGUUCCCCAACGAGCCAAUUAAUAACGUCGUGUACUCGCUCACGAGGACGCGGAGUGCGCAGGUUACGAGCGAACUGAUCCUCGAGCGCGGCUCGUUACCUAACCCUCCCGCCAACUUCACCAUCCCUGACCACCUCCGUCCCCCCGUUGCCGUGCCACACCCCUCAGCCACUGCGCCUGGCGCCGAGGCUCCCGCACCCCAGAAGGCGACGUCCCUCAUUGACCGGUAUGGACUGAGCGCCCGUCUUGAGGCUGAGGGCGGGGCGAGCACGGGCAAAUGGGAGGCGACGCGCGAGGGCCGGGAGGCUGACUUGCGGGCACGGAAGGAGCGCAUGGUUCUCGAGGCUCGGCGACGGAUGCUCGAGAAGCAGCAGAAGUCGGCGACGUCUUCCGCUGCGUCGUCGCCAGCCCCCACUGCAGCGUCACCUGCGCCGGUGUGGGUAGACAAGUCUGAGUAG